AUGUCGGAUUGUUAUAAUAUUUAUGAAACAUUUGAGAAUUUAUCCAAUACUGGAAUAAAAAAAGCCAAACAGAGAAUCGACCAUACAAUAAUCAAGUCAAUUCUGGCUGGUAUGUUACUUUCAUUUGCCGGUUUAUUUUUAUUAACUAUUGGCGGUGGAAGUCUUCCGCUACGUGAUCUAUUUGGUACAAGUAUUCAUAAAACAAUUCAAGCUUUAGUAUUCCCGGUGGGUUUAGUUUUAGUUCUUCUUACUGGUGUAGAAUUAUUUACUGGUAAUACAAUGAUUUUUAUCGUUUCAACAUUAAAUAAAAAAACUACAUGGCUUCAACUUUUAAAAUCUUGGAUCGUUUCAUAUUGUGGAAAUCUUCUUGGUUGUAUAAUCUUUCAAUUUGUCUUUGUGUAUUAUGCCGGUCUUCUCAAAUAUGAUCCAUAUCGUUCAUAUGCCACACAUUAUGCCGAAGUGAAGGGUAAUACUGAAUGGCAUGAAAUGUUUAUACGAGGUAUUGGAGGAAAUUGGCUUGUUUGUCUUGCUGUAUGUUUAGCAACAAGUGCACGAGAAGUUAGUUCAAAAAUUCUUGCAAUUUAUUUACCAAUUAGUCUUUUCAUUGCCGUUGGUUUUGAACAUUCAAUUGCGAAUAUGUUCACAGUGCAAAUGGGAAUGAUACUCGGUGCAAAUCUUUCGAUUGGAAAAUAUAUUUUACGUGUUUUAUUACCGGUGACAUUGGGAAAUAUAAUCGGUGGUGGAUUUUUUGUUGGAUUUUUAUAUUGGUAUUUAUAUUUAGCAAAACAUGAAGAAUCGCAUGAUCAUCAAGAUGGUGAUGUUCAAUUACCUGAAAAGAAACCUUAUCACAUUGUUAAACAGAAUGACGAUACUGUUUGA